UAUUACGGAUAAGAAUUCGUCCCCCCCGCCCCCCUUUCUCUCGUACAUUUGUUCCCUCCACACUCUCUUCGACUGCAUUCACUAACGGAAAGCCCUAAGACGCCGCCGCCUCCGCCGCUUCCUCCGGAGUCUCCUUUUUUCCAAGGCCCUUUUAGUUACGUCCUCUGAUUCACUUCCUCACAGUAUAUAAUAUUCCAUUUCAGGCUGUGGAAUCAAUAUAAGCAAUAUGGAGGAUACAGAAGAAAAGUUGGGACAAGAUUCGUCCAAAGGUUCCGAUACCGACCUUGUUGAUGCGAGCGUUCAAGCACAGGAAGAUCCUGCAACUAUGUCAAAGGGGGAUGAUCAAAGCCAAAACCCUGGUGAGAACGGGAAGUCACAGAUCAACGAGGAUAAUAACAGCGUUCUAUUGGCCGGUGAUGAUCAGGUUAUGCUUGAUGCUCAUCAUGAUAAGGCCGCAACUGAUGAUGGAAAAAGUGAAGUUGCCGAUGGGAGGGAAAAACCACAAGAAAAUAAAAGCAAUGGUACUGAUGGGCGCAUUGAAAUUCAUCUUGAAGCUCCUACUCCGCAGCCAGUUAACGAUUUCUCGACUCCAGUAGCUCAAAAUAAGAAUGUAUGGUUGAGUGACGUUGAGAUGUCCGAGGCUGAUGAAUGGGGGACGCCUCAGGAGCAAGCUGCAUUCAUGAAGGAGCUGGAGUGUUUCUAUAAGGAAAAAGCUCUAGAAUUUAAACCCCCAAAAUUUUAUGGGGAACCACUAAAUUGCCUUAAGUUAUGGAGAGCUGUUAUCAGAUUGGGCGGUUACGACCUGGUGACUUCAUCUAAGUUGUGGCGGCAAGUAGGAGAGUCUUUCCAUCCACCCAAGACCUGUACUACAGUUUCUUGGACAUUUCGCAUUUUCUAUGAGAAGGCACUUUUGGAAUAUGAAAAGCAUAAGAGGGAAACUGGUGAACUUCAACUCUCUGGAUCCGUCCCUCUGUCUACAAGAGUUGAAAAGGAGGGAAGUGGCUACCAAGCUCCAGGAUCAGGUAGGGCACGACGGGAUGCUGCAGCUCGUGCGAUGCAGGGUUGGCACUCCCAGCGUCUUCUUGGAUAUGGUGAGGUUGGUGAGCCUAUUAUCAAGGACAAGAACUUAAGUUCUACACUAAAGCGUGAAAAGAAUCUCAGAAGUAUUGGUUCGCUCAAACACAAGACACCAACUAGUCUGGAUCAUGCUGAAAGAGCUGCAAUUGCUGAAGCUGAUAAGCAAUUGGUCACAACAGUUGCUGAUGUUGGGCCCCCAGCUGAUUGGGUGAAGAUUAAUGUACGGGAAACUAAGGAUUGCUUUGAGGUAUAUGCACUAGUCCCUGGACUACUGCGAGAGGAGGUACGAGUUCAAUCAGAUCCAGCUGGACGUUUGGUCAUAACGGGUCAACCAGAGCACCUUGACAAUCCUUGGGGCAUCACACCAUUUAAAAAGGUCGUUAGCUUACCUGCGAGAAUAGAUCCACUUCAGACAUCUGCCGUGGUUAGCCUGCAUGGCCGACUCUUUGUACGCGUCCCAUUUGAGCAGGCGUGAUUUUGAAUUGAUCCAUUUGUGUCAGUUAGUCAAUUUUCUGAGAAGGAAUUAAUUAUUAUUUUUUUUAGGACAUGGAGGCAUGAAGGUCUAGUUUAGAGCUAAUUUUGGCCCUGUUAGACCAGUUCAAAAUACUAAGUUAUAUUAAUGCAAGCAUUGUCUAAUUAGAUUUCUAUGUAAAUCUUAUUUGAUUAGUUUUAGAGAACUCAUGAAUUGAUGAAAUUGAAGUAUGUUCAGUGGUGGGCUGCAGCUGUUCGAGUAAUGCUAUCCACCAUUCCUUCACUAUCAUUCUCGUAUCAUAUUAUAACGUGUCAUUUAAUGAUUGGAGAUUA